CGCUGUCAGAGCCUGAUUGGCUCGCCGGGGGGACGGAAGCUGCCCGGGGGCCCGAGCGGCUGGAGCCGGUCCGGGGCGAUGUGGAGCGCGGGCCGCGGCGGGGCUGCCCGGCCGGCGCUGCUGGGGCUGGUGCUGGCGCUCUUGGUGCCGGGCGGUGGCGCCGCCAAGACCGGCGCAGGGCUGGUGACCUGCGGGUCGGUGCUGAAGCUGCUCAACACGCAGCACAGGGUGCGGCUGCACUCUCACGACAUCAAAUACGGAUCCGGUAGUGGCCAGCAGUCGGUGACCGGCGUGGAGGCGUCGGACGACGCCAAUAGCUACUGGCGGAUCCGCGGCGGCUCAGAGGGCGGGUGCCCGCGUGGGCUCCCGGUGCGCUGCGGGCAGGCGGUGCGGCUCACACACGUGCUCACCGGGAAGAACCUGCACACGCACCACUUUCCGUCCCCGCUGUCCAACAACCAGGAGGUGAGCGCCUUUGGAGAAGACGGUGAGGGUGACGACCUGGACCUGUGGACCGUGCGCUGCUCCGGGAAGCACUGGGAUCGCGAGGCUGCGGUGCGCUUCCAGCACGUGGGCACCUCCGUGUUCCUGUCGGUGACGGGUGAACAGUAUGGGAGCCCCAUCCGUGGGCAGCAUGAGGUGCAUGGCAUGUCCAGCGCCAACACACACAAUACGUGGAAGGCCAUGGAAGGCAUCUUCAUCAAGCCCAGUGUGGAGCCCUCUGCAGGUCACGAUGAACUCUAAAUACCUGGAUGGAUAGACAGAGGGUGGCAAAAGGGGGGCGUCUGCAGGGCCACUCUUGGUGAAGAUUUUGGGUUUGUAGGGGUCCUCAAGUGCCUUUGUAAUUAAAGAAUGUUGGUUUGCAA